AUGUCUACACAGAUGAUUCAUGCAGGACCUAUCGAUGAUUCGUUAUUAAGGCUUCAACCAUUCCAUAUAUCUGAGCAUAUAUGGAAUGGAGCUGAAGAUAGGGUUUUGAAGGUUAGGAAAGCAACACAAUCAGAGUUGUGUGGUGUUGAGAUUCUAGCUACUAUUCAGGAUCUUCUACAGAGGGCUGUGUUUAUUGGGGUGGCGCAGAUCAGUUACUUUCUUGUGGAAAAUCAUUUAAUUUCUGCCUUAGUUGAGCGAUGGAGACCAGAGACCCACACGUUUCACAUGCCCUUCGGCGAGUGUACUAUCACGUUGGAGGAUGUUGCAAUGUUACUUGGGUUGAAGAUCUCCAGGGCACCCAUUACUAGAUACGCAACUAUGGAUUGGGGAGCUCUUGUGGAGCGCCUUCUUGGCAUGACAACCCCUGAGUCAAUGCUUGUUGGCGGUCGAUUGAGGAUGAGCUGGAUUGACCGACACUUUUCUAAUGUUUCUGAGCAUAUACAUAGCCAGGAACAGUUGGAACGCUAUACUAGAGCAUUCAUUUUACGCAUAAUCGGGGGAUAUCUAUUAACUGAUCACUCUAGCUCUUUUGUAUCCCUCAGAUAUCUGAGUUUCCUAGAAGACCUGGAUGCUUGUGGUCAAAUGAGUUUGGGGUCAUGCAUGCUGGUGAAUAUGUACAGGGAGUUGUGCGUGUGCACGAAUUAUGAUCACAAGGAAAUUGGUGGUUCAGGUAUUCUAGUGCAAUUAUGGGCAUGGUAUCGGUUUCCAUUUCUUGCACCACCUCAUCCACCUUUAUCUACAUUUCAUGUUCCUCUAGGGGAAAGGUGGAAUUAUGCCUUGUAUAAACCUAGAGAGGAAACAAAAGAUAAAAUUGUGAAGUAUAGAAAGUAUUUUGACCGUUUAAAAAGAGAGGAUUUUCUAUGGCAACCAUACUUGGAGUUACUACCUACAUUACCUCCUUACUGUUUUGAGGACUCACAAGUAUGGAGGUCAACUGUCCCAUUGAUUAAUUUUCAUAUCGUCGAGUAUCAUUACGCUGAUCGUGUCAUGCGACAAUUUGGGAUGGUCCAACACAUUCCUGCGCCUCCUAUUCAUCCGGAGAAAUUGCAUGAUCUUUCAUUGAGAGGCAAGGAUAACAUGGACUAG